AUGCCCGGCAGGAGUGCGCGGGAUGCGGCAGAUCCGCAUCCCUUUGCUGCUCGCCACAUGAAGCUCGAGCAGCAGCCUGACCCAGAACCGCCGCAUCUGCUCACGGCCUCGCAGUCGCUGGAGGGCGCGGGCGGGCGGCGCUCGGGCUACAUCACCAUCGGCUACCGCGGCUCCUACACGAUGGGGCGCGAGGCGCAGGCGGACGCCAAGUUCCGGCGCGUGGCGCGCAUCACGGUGUGCGGCAAGACGGCGCUCGCCAAGGAGGUCUUCGGCGAGACGCUCAACGAGAGCCGCGACCCCGACCGCCCGCCCGAGCGCUACACGGCGCGCUACUACCUCAAGUUCAACUUCCUCGAGCAGGCCUUCGACCGCCUCUCCGAGGCCGGCUUCCGCAUGGCCGCCUGCUCCUCCACGGGCACGUGCGCCUUCGGGCCCGAGCAGGGCGGCCCCGCCGACGACAAGAUCUGGACCAGCUACACCGAGUACGUCUUCUGCCGGGACUGAGCCCC